AUGCUUCGCUACACACUCGAGGAUCCCUCGUGCAAUGAUCAGUUAUGUGAAUUUGAGGGCAAUCCCCCUGUGAAGGCGGUCUUUGGCAGAGUGCAGCUCCUCCGACGACUGAGCUUUAAAAGAGAGUUUUUUGUUCCAUUUAUACCGACCAAGCACAUCCUUCUCUUGUUCCCGACAUGCGAUCCACUGGAGGGGUGUACGGUUAAAAAAGAGACCGUGGAACAUGUUUCCAACUAUCUGAUAUGGCUGAAGGAGAAGAGCAGUGGAAAAUUCAUUGUUCAGGAGAUUUUGGUGUGCACCUUUUCUGGGUGCACGGUUGUAAUAAUAGAAUGUUAUGAGCUGUUACUUGCCAUGUCUGUUCUUUCCCUGUCUCAAGAAGGUGAUGCACCGUGCAUUGGCUACCGGCGUGUGCUGGCAUUUCCAUGUGAAAAGGACGAUAUAUCAGAUGAGGAGCUUGCAUUUGGAUACUAUAUUGUUCCAACGUGCACGAUUUGUGCGGAACGUUUGGAGCCGACACUCACGGGUUACACCUCUCGCACGUGCCGCUGUGCACCCGAUAGGGAGUGCAGAUGUUUUACUGAAGAGUCUUCAUGUAUUGUAUGCCAAACCGCAAUUAAAAUGCAGCGUGGAGGUAAUGAAAUUUAUUGUGGUGAAUGUCACCUUUUAGGUGAUCCUUGGAUUUGUUUGGUGUGUGGCUUCGUGGGCUGCAGCCGAUACCAAGCACAACAUGCGAGGGAGCAUUUUUGUCAGCAAAGGCAUUUGUUUUCAAUGAGUCUCUUGACGCAACAGAUUUGGGAUUAUGAUAGUGAUGCCUUUGUGCACCGCAUCGUUAUGACGCUUGACGUGGACACGGGCAUGGUGCAGCGCGUACAGUACCCGGAGCGGGAUAAUCUCCCGACGACACUUGAAGAGGAUGAUGCGGGGGAUGUUGUCGCGGAAAAAGCCAAGAAGAAGCAUAUCAACGCCAAGUAUGACUCGGAAUUAGAGACAUCGAAUGAAAAGCUGGCUUUGAUGAUCAAGCACCAGCUUGACCUUCACCGUGCGGAGUAUGAAGGCGGGGAGAAAAAACAUCAACAAAGAGAAGAAGCGACCCCACAAAAGAAUGAGGGGAGCUUCUAUGAAUGGGGCGAAUCCAACACCAUGUACCUUACGAGGCAUCAUUUUGUCGAUCGACAGCGGUGGCUGUCACUCUUUCUUGAAAACCAACGACUUCAAAGUGAACUACAAAUGCGAGAACUUGAGGAGAUGACACUGAAGGAGUCACUACACAAACUUGAAAGUGAGCUUCGAGAGGCAGUGGAGCAGUGUGUCACGGAGGACCGUCGUCUCACAGAUGGUAUUUUGAAUCUUCAGGAGACUAUUAAGGAGAUUGAACUGAACAUUUCUUUGCGUCAGAAGCUUGCUGGCGAGUUGGAGGGGGACGAUUAUCAAUUUUUUCGUGUAGUGGGCGGGAUGGAAGGGAAGCCCGAUCGAAAGACUGUAAAGAAGAGGGAGAACCGGUCGAUGAGGCCAAAAAAGUAA